GUAAAGCUGAGGUGAUGAAGUGAAUCAGUGCUCACCAUGGCUUCAACGAAGACAGUGUUGCGCCUGGCAGGCAAGAGACCUCUUGGUACAGCUGCUCAAUUAUCAAGAGGUGCACAGCGGGCGUCGCUUUCGCAUUCAUCCAAGAGAUGCGCAGAAAAGGAUGAUACAGCCCAGAGGUUGAGAGAAGCCGCCCCAGAUUUGCUUUCAGAGCUGCGAAAGGCUCCCAGGCGGCCCAUGGGCAAGCUCUCUGCUCCGAUCGUCAACGAUGCCGACAAGUACGCGGACAAAGCCACCCCCCUCCACCAAUAUGGCCAAUACCUCAUGUCCUGUCUUCCCAAAUACAUCCAGCAGUUUUCAGUAUGGAAAGACGAGCUCUGCAUUUAUAUCACACCGACGGGUGUUAUCCCUGUCUUUACCUUCUUGAAAUACCACACUGCGGCUGAGUACACCAUGGUCUCAGAUAUCACUGCAGUCGACUUUCCUACCAAAAACUACCGAUUCGAAGUCGUUUACAACAUGCUCAGCGUGCGACACAACUCGAGAAUAAGAGUCAAGACAUAUGCGGACGAAGCCACCCCUGUCCCCUCGAUCACCUCCCUUUAUGAUGGCGCAAACUGGUACGAGCGUGAGGUUUACGACUUGUUCGGCGUUUUCUUCACUGGUCACCCUGAUCUUCGCCGUAUCAUGACCGACUAUGGCUUUGAUGGACAUCCACUACGCAAAGACUUCCCUUUGACUGGCUACACUGAGAUCAGAUGGGAUGAGGAGAAGAAGCGAAUUGUUGUGGAACCACUCGAGAUGACACAGGCGUUCCGAAACUUUGAAGGUGGCACAAGUGCUUGGGAACAGGUUGGUACUGGUUCGGACAGAAAACCUGAGCAGUUCAAGCUACCAACUCCAAAGCCAGAAGAGAAGAAAGAGGAGAAGAAGUAAGAUAUCCAAGAUAGGCGGGGUGUGUCAGUAUGCUGGGGACUAGCUAUCAACCAGUGGUCGACGGACUGACUGCUCUGGCGUCGGGUUGUAUAUAUGAAUGGAAGAGACAAGUCAAGCCAAAAAGGCCAAGGAGCAUUCUACACUGAUUCUGAGGCCGACUCUGUCAAUUCUUUCUCGUGAUCAUUCUUGGGAACCUGGAACUUGUACAAAUAUCAACCCCGGCGGUAUAGACGAUGUCUUAACCAACACUAAUCUUGAUUCUAGAUCCCG